GCCCCCCUCUUCUCACGUCUCUUUAUACAGACUCGGUACUCCAAAAAGCUUUCACGCCCUCCCCCCAGCUAGACACCUCUGCAUACAGAGGCAGGAAGAAGAGGAAGAAGAAGAGAAGAGUUGCCAAUUAUUACUGUGUGGACAUGUCGCUUCUCUCAGAUCUCAUCAACCUUAACCUCUCAGACACCACUGACAAGAUCAUUGCCGAGUACAUAUGGAUCGGCGGAUCUGGCAUGGACAUGAGGAGCAAAGCAAGGACUCUUUCUGGUCCUGUUAGUGAUCCUUCAAAGCUCCCCAAGUGGAACUAUGAUGGUUCCAGCACAGGACAGGCUCCUGGAGAAGACAGCGAAGUCAUCCUAUAUCCCCAGGCUAUUUUCAAGGAUCCAUUUAGGAGGGGCAACAAUAUACUUGUGAUGUGUGAUGCUUACACCCCUGCUGGUGAGCCAAUUCCAACAAACAAGAGACACGCUGCUGCUAAGAUCUUCAGCCAUCCAGAUGUUGUUGCUGAAGAGCCCUGGUACGGCAUUGAGCAAGAAUACACCUUGCUGCAGAGAGAUGUUAAAUGGCCUAUUGGGUGGCCUCUUGGUGGUUACCCUGGUCCUCAGGGGCCAUACUACUGUAGUAUUGGUGCUGACAAAUCCUUUGGGCGAGACGUUGUUGAUUCACACUACAAGUCCUGUCUAUAUGCUGGCAUCAACAUUAGUGGUAUUAAUGGAGAAGUCAUGCCAGGCCAGUGGGAAUUUCAAGUGGGACCUGCAGUUGGAAUCUCUGCUGGAGAUGAAUUAUGGGUUGCGCGCUACAUUUUGGAGAGGAUUACAGAGAUUGCUGGAGUUGUCCUUUCUUUUGAUCCCAAGCCAAUUCAGGGUGACUGGAAUGGUGCUGGAGCUCACACAAACUAUAGUACAAAGUCAAUGAGGCAUGAUGGGGGCUAUGAGGUCAUCAAGAAAGCAAUUGAGAAGUUGGGGCUGAGGCACAAAGAACACAUUGCUGCAUAUGGUGAAGGCAAUGAACGCAGACUGACUGGACGACAUGAAACGGCUGACAUCAACACUUUCUUAUGGGGCGUUGCUAACCGUGGAGCAUCGAUUCGCGUUGGCCGAGACACAGAGACGCAAGGAAAGGGAUAUUUCGAGGACAGGAGGCCUGCAUCAAACAUGGAUCCAUAUGUUGUGACUUCUAUGAUUGCAGAAACCACAAUCCUGUGGAAACCAUAAGCAAGUUGAUGCUCCCAACCACUCAAAAUUUGAAACAUUGUUGUUUUUAGCCUGUGUCUGUGGGAGUGUAGAAAGAACUGUGUUUCAGUGGGAACUUGUUCUCCAUGUGGUUUCAACUUCCUCUUUGAUUCCAAAUUUUCCUGCUGUUUCGCCAGUUCGCCCUUGUGUGGGAGGUGUGGCAAGGUUGGGUUAUUGCUUCCUUGCAUAUGCAGUCAUUCUCUGUUAUGCAUUUUAAUAAUAUAAAACGCUUUAAUAUCAAUAACAUUAUUAUUGGGCA